GUCGUGAAGCUAUCUUCAUGCUAAACAUUUCUUUCGCCGCAACGAGUCAUGUCAACGUCACAAAACAUUGUCAAUCAAAAUCAUUUUAAAUUAUUUAAACGGCCAAAUGAAAAAUGCAAUAAAAACUAUCACUAUUUUCGGAGGAGGUAAAAUUGGUUCGGGUUUAGUGCAAAUAGCAGCACAAAAUGCAAAAAAAGUGGUAUUGGUGGAAACAAACCAAGAACAACUUAAGAAAUCAGCGGAGCUAUUAAUUACUAAUUUAGGGAAAUCUGCUCGUGAAUUAUACAAAGAGGAAUACCAAGCGAAACAGUAUAUUGAACAGAUUAUGGGAUUUGUUACAGGUACAACGAAUCCUACGAAAGCAGUGAUUGACGCUGAUCUGGUGGUAGAGGCAAUUCCAGAGAGAUUGGAUAAAAAACAAGAACUCUUCAGGCAUAUAGACAAAGCAACUCCGACGAAAACUAUCUUUGCGAGCACCACAAAUUCACUUUCCAUUGGUUCGUUUGCUGAAAAUUCCACUAGAAUACAGCGAUUCGUCGGUCUGCAUUUUUUCUAUCCAGUUCCAGAAACCAAGUUGGUAGAAAUAGUAAAGGUUUCAGUAACAAGUAAAGAAACGUUGGAUUCGGUAACAGCUUGGUGUAAAGAUAUUGGUAAGACUCCCGUAAUAUGCAACGACUCGGCUGGUUUCAUCGUCAACAGACUUUUACUUUCAUAUAUAUCCGAAGCAAUAAGAAUGACAGAGAGAGAUGAUGCGACUCCACAAGACAUAGAUAUAGCCAUGAAAUUAACAACAGGAAGUCCAAUGGGUCCGAUUCAACUGGCCGAUCAUUUGGGGCAUGACACAAUUUUAAAUUUGUUAGCUAAUUUUAAGUCCAGAGAACCUAAUAAUAGCUUCCUUACACCGAGUCGAUCUCAAAAGUUACUAGUACAGCAAGGAAAACUAGGAACGAAAAGCGGUGAAGGUUACUACAAAUAUAACGAUUUAAAGCACUGGAUUACGAAUUACUCGCACCGAUACAACAAUAAACAACACUGGUUAAAGCAUUAUCAAUUGUGGAAAAAGAACUGUGAGAAAGAAGUAUUGCAAAAUUUAGAUAAUUAGGUUAGAAUAACACGUAAUUGAGGCCGAAUUUAUCAUAUAUCCUAAUUUUUUAUAAUUUUUAGUUCUAUAUGUUAUUUAUUUAUAUUAUACAUUUUUAUCUAUUUUACUUAUGUUUGAUUAAAUAAAAAAAAACAAUUUUGUCUAC